AUGGAGAAGAGUUUCUUGUCUGAAUGCAAACAGUCUUCUUCUCUCACUUUAUUAGCUCUCUUUAACUUGUUCCUGAUCGGAUUAUUUCCUCUUCUUCAACACCAUCAACGUGUGAGGAACCAAGAUGAGAGUAUGAUCACAAACACAGAACAGCAAGAAGAAAACGAAGAGGAUUAUCUUAGUAGAGAAGACGUAGAGAUGGUUAUGAGAAGUUUAGGACUAAUUCUCCCGACCAAGAAAGCGAUGAGCUUCAAGAACACUAGAGUUCCAAGGAGGUUUCAAGUUUGUUCUAAAGAAACGAAGUCAGCUUGGAGGAAGUGA